AUGUCUGGGCUAGUGAGAGACUUUAUAGUUGGGUAUGCGGAGGAUUUCGCGAAUGAGUACGCGCAGGAGAACUUCCAGCCGGUGAUUGACCCGUACUACGCGCGGGUGGGUCCGCAGAAGAAGAAAGUGCGCCGGGAGCUGCCAGCGGAGCUGUUCAGCAAGCAAGAGCGCAAGCGGUUCAAAACUCUGCAGUCUAAGUCCUGGACACACGACCGGUCCAUGUGCGGGUGCUGCUGCUGGACGGAGUGCAUUGGCUGGGCGCCCGUGUUCAGCAUCAUCCCCGUGGUGGGGCCGAUCAUCAUGUACAUGAUCCACAACUCCUUGGUCACGUACGCCGAGCGCAACCUGUACAACAACAGGCUGCCCACGGGCCUGAAGACCAAGCUGCUCGCGAACAUCACGUUCGACUUGUGCAUCACACUGGUGCCUGUCCUGGGCGCCCUGUUCUCCUGGCUGAACGGCUGCUCCACGAGAAACACAGCCCUUAUAUACAACGAUCUAGUAGAGAAACGCAUGAAGCAGGUACCACAGUAUCAGCAAGCUCAGGCUCAGCAAGCUCAAACUCAGCAAGCUCAAGCUCAGCAAGUACCACAGUACCGUACACAACAGCAAGCUCCAGCUCAGCAAGUACCACAGUAUAGAACGCAACAGUAUCGGUGA